UAAUACUGUUUAACCAACAAAGUCCAAAGGAUUGCGUUACUGUAUAUGUGCUGUUGUGAAUGGCGACAUCGUACAACAUUCGGGAUUGUUGUUUCCGUUUACCUGACAAAGCGUUACUGCAAAAAUUCUGCAACCGUUUGAGUUCACUUUAGAGGUUCUUGGAAUCUUUCUUUUUUAUUACAAUGACCUGACCUGCUGAGGAACUCAUGAUAAUGGAAACCGGAUUUGCUCAGUGAUAAGCUCGAGCAGUGUGAAGUAAAAUGAAGUUGUAUUUCCUAAAACUGAACAGUGCGUGAGUGGAUUCUGCGCGUCGGGAGAGUGACCGUUACUGAUAUCAUGGAUGGAUAAUCAGCGGCAUAAUGUGGCCUAGAUUAAGACGACCUCGUCGUCUAUCGGUGAUCAUUUUUGCGAUCAUCGCACUUUUAGGCGUCUUUCUUCUUUGGUGCAUGAACAAAGAGAAAAGCGCCAAUCAGCGUGAAGAUUUUAUAUCGUUGCGAUUACAUGAAAAUCAGAAAGAUUACUUUGAUCAUCGAGGAAUCCAUGUAGUAGUCGGUCAUUACAUAGGAGACUCUGUAGAUCCCUUAAAAACUCCAAAUAUCACGAAAGAUAUUAUUAAUCAGAACUUAUUUAAUCCACGUCCAUUCGAAGGCAAAAAUGGGGAACCUGUAAUAAUACACCCGAAAGAUUUUUACAAAAUGCAGCAGUUAUAUCAGAUUAACAGAUUUAAUUUAAUGGUUAGCGAUAAGAUACCGUUAAAUCGAUCUUUGCCCGACGUCAGAAAAAAGAAAUGUAUUUCCAAAUAUGCAAAUUUGGGCACUUUGCCGAAGACGUCGAUCAUUAUAGUGUUUCAUAAUGAGGCCUGGAGUACACUGCUGCGAACAGUGCACAGCGUCAUUAAUAGAUCACCGAGAGAAUUAUUAGAAGAGAUUAUUCUAGUUGAUGACAACAGCGAAAGAGAAUUCCUAAAAAGUCCUUUGGAUGAUUACGUGAAGAAACUGAGCGUUCCUACGAGAGUCUUGCGAUCCAACGAACGAGUAGGAUUAAUAAAAGCGAGACUUUUGGGAGCGAACGAUGCUAGGGGUGAAGUUCUCACUUUUCUCGACGCUCACUGCGAAUGUACGGUUGGAUGGUUGGAGCCGUUACUCGAAGCAGUCGGCAAGAACGCAACGAGAAUCGUCUCUCCAGUAAUUGACAUAAUUAACGACGAUACUUUUAGUUAUACAAGAUCGUUCGAGCUUCACUGGGGCGCGUUCAACUGGGACUUGCACUUCCGUUGGCUCACUUUGAACGGUCGCCUGUUGAAGGAGAGGCGCGAGAACAUCGUCGAACCGUUUCGCACGCCCGCGAUGGCGGGCGGCCUGUUCUCGAUGAACAAGGAUUACUUCUUCAAAUUGGGCAGCUACGACGACCAGAUGCGGAUCUGGGGUGGCGAGAACCUGGAACUGUCGUUCCGAGCCUGGCAGUGCGGCGGCAGUAUCGAGAUCGCGCCCUGCUCCCACGUCGGCCAUCUCUUUCGAAAGUCUUCUCCGUACACCUUCCCGGGCGGCGUAGGCGAUAUCUUGUACGGCAAUCUUGCCAGAGUCGCUCUGGUGUGGAUGGAUCAAUGGGCGGAGUUCUAUUUCAAGUUCAAUCCCGAGGCGGCUAGACUGCGGUACAAGCAGCAAAUCCGUUCGAGAUUAGCUCUGCGCGAGAGACUGCGCUGCAAGAGUUUCGAGUGGUACCUGGAGAACGUGUGGCCCGAGCAUUUCUUUCCUACGGACGAUCGGUUCUUCGGCAGGAUAGUGCACGCCGCGACGAAGAGGUGCAUCAUGCGACCGACCGCGAAAGGAUCUUACGCGCAGCCUUCGGGGAACGCGGUCCUACACACGUGCAUACCGCGCUUGAUACUCAGCCAGAUGUUCGUGAUGACCAAAAGCGGAGUGAUAAUGACGGAUGAAAGCGUGUGCCUAGACGCACCGGAACGGGACACGCAGCAAAAGACGCCAAAGGUGAAGAUAAUGGCAUGCAGCGGUCGCGAGAGACAAAAGUGGCAGUACAACGAACAAACGAAAUCGAUUUUGCACGUGCCUUCCGAGAUGUGCCUUCAGGCAGCUGCGGACGAUGACACGCCUACAAUAGCGGCUUGUACUAAGAAUCUCGAUCAACAAUGGAUCCUGGAGCCAGUCUCUUGGAAAUAACGAUUACUACGUUAUUAACAAUGACAAAAGAGACAAUGCAGUGCCUUAACGAUCUCUCUAUCAAUACGUUUGUGUGUAAUUAAUAAAUAUUCUUACUGACACCGAAUUUGCGUUCCGUGCAAUAAUGCAAAGUUCGUACAGAUAUCUCAUCUUGAUAAAAAGUUAAAAGUUGAUAUUUUUUACUUUUGUAUUAACAAGAUCAGAUAUAUCUUUGCUCUAGAGCAAGAUCUGAACUAUGCAAGAAAAAAAAAAAAAUAAUAAAUAUGUUUUGUCACUUAG